GCCACUACCGACCCUGAAGGGAUAACCCAAGGAAGAGAUGCGAACAAGGAAGUGAGCCAGGACCUCCUGAACUAUGGGAUUCCUCCUUUAAAGUGCUUUCUGCGUCGCUGGUGCGCGUCUUCGUCGGAGUGCAAUGGCGGUGAGGGUUCUUCCAGACACUACGGAGAGCCGGAAGGAGAAACGGUGUUAGGGACGGACGGUCGGGGAGCCGCUGCUGUUGUGACAGCUGGCUUUAUCCUGCUCUCUCCUGCCUCACAGAGGAACUAAUCUUCCCCGAGCUGAGGGACAAGCAGGAAACAGAGGGCUCCACUGGAUGCUGCGGGGGAACCUGUGGCUUUAAGGAAAAGGUCCCUCACCGCUCUGCGGCCAUGGCUUCAGCCCGGCUCAAGUACCUCUCCCUGGGCGUGCUGGUGUUCCAGACCACGUCGCUGGUGCUCACCAUGCGGUACUCCCGCACCCUGCAGGCCGAGGGCCCGCGGUACCUGGCCUCCUCGGCCGUGGUGGCGGCAGAGCUCAUGAAGAUCCUGGUGUGUGUGCUGCUGGUCUUCAAGGAGCACAGUUACAGCAUGCGAGCGCUGAACAGCGUCCUGCGUCAGGAAAUCCUCCAUAAGCCCGUGGAGACGCUGAAGCUGGCCAUCCCCUCGGGCAUCUACACGCUGCAGAACAACCUGCUGUACGUCGCCCUGUCCAACCUGGACGCGGCUACAUACCAGGUGACGUACCAGCUGAAGAUCCUGACCACAGCUCUUUUCUCGGUGUCCAUGCUGGGCCGCAGGUUGGGGGUCUACCAGUGGCUGUCCUUGUUGAUCCUGAUGGCAGGAGUGGCUCUCGUGCAGUGGCCCUCUGAGUCUACGGCGGCCCCAGAGAAGGAGGCCCGCUCCGCAGGCUCCCAGUUCGUCGGGGUCACGUCAGUUUUGGUGGCGUGCUGCUCCAGCGGCUUUGCGGGCGUCUACUUUGAGAAGAUCCUCAAGGAGAGCAAACAGAGCGUGUGGAUCCGCAACAUCCAGCUAGGGAUGUUCGGCCUUGUGUUUGGCCUUUUUGGGAUGCUGGCCUACGAUGGGGAGAGGGUCAGGGAGUCGGGGAUGUUUCAGGGAUACAACACAAUCACCUGGACUGUCGUAGCGCUGCAGGCUCUGGGUGGUCUGGUCAUAGCAGCGGUCAUCAAGUAUGCAGACAACAUCCUAAAAGGCUUCGCCACCUCACUCUCCAUCAUCCUGUCCACUCUUAUAUCCUACUUCUUGUUGCAGGACUUUGACCCUUCAAGCGUCUUCUUCCUUGGGGCAGUUUUGGUCAUCGCCGCCACUUUCCUCUACGGCUACGAAGGCAAGCCGCCCACCAACCCCAGCAGGGCGUAGGCCCACCCACCGGUGGCAUUAGGAGGUCCUGCUGAAGCCUCAGGAUGGCGGGGAGGAGAAAGGACAGAGAGGGUACUGAGGGGGGUGGAAAAAGGGGGAUAAGAAGGGGAAAGGUCUUCAUCACGUAUUGUGAGCAGAGAAAAGAAAUGUAAGCACAACACUGUGGUUGGUCUCACACCGAAAGUGCCUCACUUCUGAAGAAGAAGCAAUUUGGACAGGUGGGGGGGCAAAAAAAAGGAGAACACAAGAUUUCCUUUCCUCCUUUUAGUGUUCCAGAAACAAUCCCGGCUGCCACGUCUACAGGAGACGGACGGAGGGGUUGUGUUCAUGAAGGACCAGUUUGACAACCAGUAACUGUAAACUGCCACCUCGGUCACACCCACGCAGUAAAUGAUUGCAGGAGGAAGAGCGCUCCUCUACAGCCACAGUAUUUAUUGCUCAUUUUGUCCACGUUUGUGUUGAACCUCCGGAAGCAAACUUUAAGACCUGAUGGGAGACGUUGUUUUUCCACAUCAGGAAUCUCUGACAGGCUAGAUAACUUUGGCUGAAAAUGGUCCCCGUGGAGUUCAGGUGUUGCAGACUUGAAAGAUAAUGCCCUGCAUACUUUAUGGCACCCCUUGUAAAUAUUAGAAAAGAAAAUGGCCUAACGCGUGUUAUUGCUGGAACAUGAAUUUACUUUGAACAAUUUCUUGAAACCUAACCUUUUAUUAAAGCAGAUUUAGUCAAUGCCUCGUUAUUCUUUUUAAAUUACAAUUAUUGAGAUAAGGAAAUGCAACUCAAGCAAUUUUUCCUGUUUCCCUGACAAUUGAGCGUGACUUUACACUGAUGCCCACUCUUCAAAAUGAGAAACACUGGAAAACAUGUAAGUUGUUCAUGUAAGGACUGAUGUGUGUUGACCUUCAUUAGAUGCUUAAAUGCUACAAGAAAAUAGCGUCUCGCCAACCACAGUGAUUAUAACAAUGACUGAAAAGGGAAAAGUCUGCUGGAGCUUGGAUGAACAAGGCUGUACGAAGAUCUUGGUUUAUUUAACAGGAUGCUUGGCAAAGAGGAUGGAAAGGGAGGUAGAAGAAAAAUCUAAAGCCUGCAAAAACAACAUCUUUGAAGUCACUAGAUUUCACAAGAACCAGGAAGAAGUCACGCCUACAAGCCGACACAUGUAUAGUUAUGUGUCCAACACAAACCAGAUGAGACGGGGGCUAUUUCAGCUUUUCAACUGCGAACAUUUCAGAUGGGUUUGGAAUAAAAUAAAGGGUAUACUUGUUGAAAAGCACCUCUUUCCCUCUGCAUCUGUGAUGCUGUGAGCCUGUUUUCCUUUCAAAGGCCCUGGGAGUGUUGUUAGUGGCUACCGUCAUAAACUUUACCAAUAAACCCGAAAAAGGUCAACAUCAGAUGUUUCAGCAGAAUAAAGAUGUAAACCAUACAGUCAGAGGCAGCUCACCCGGCAGAAAAGCAACUUUCUUUAUGUCCAACUUAGUCCACCGACCAUGGAUCCUACAGUAAAGCUAUUUGGUGAGCUGAGAUGAAAGCAUAAGAGAGGAGCUGAGACUCGGGACGAUCUAGAGAUAUUGUACGAAGAUGACCUCUGUCUUUAUGCUCCAUCAUUGGGAAAUAUUACAAUAAGAGCUGCCCUUUCAAUAGAAUGGGGAGGCUGUUUAAAGUAUGAACAUCUGGAGCGUCAACGGCGAGUUUAACAUUUUCCACUGAAUAAGUGUACUUCAAUCAAAGGAUAUGUUUUCUCUAAAUUCUCCAGGUUACAUUUAUUUAAAGGCUUUUUACAUGGCUUUACCAGGGGUGCCAGUCAGGGUGACGGGUGCUAUUUACACAUCUUAGGAGAUAAGUCCUGAAACACUGAUGGUUGCAGUGACCAUAACUUGUUUAAGUUUAAAGUGAAAACUGGUGAUUUAGUUACCUUUGGAACUUGAACUAGCACCUGAUCAAUCUGAACCAGUCUUUUGUUUAACUGCAGUAAUUUGAUUUAGGAUUACAUUGUUCCUUUUGGCCAAUGAUGAUGGGGAGCUCUUAGUUUUUUUUUUUGACUGUUUAUUCUGUUGACUCUGUGGCCAAAACAAAUAUAGAAUCCUUUAAGGGAAUUUAUGAUUUAAUAUUGUUUUCAGAGCUACUUUGGGAUAAAGCGGGUAUAAUUAUUGUUUAUUUUAAUUCUCAACAUGCAAAGCUUUUAUGAAAGGACAGGGUGUCUAAUGAAUGCAUAUGGGCUGUUAUGUGGCUCCUGUUUGAACUUUUCUGCUGUGAAACACAUUGACAGGUAUGUUCAGACUGGAAUGUAUUAAAGCACAUUAUACUGGUGUCAGUCUGGGGUUUCCUCUAUGUUUUAGUCAAUAUUUUUGUUUUGUGAUUGAUCAUAAAUGUGUUUGAAGUCAGAGAGAAAUUGAAGAGCAAAACUAAAAGCGACGCACAAGCAAUGUUUUACAGAAAUGUCUUCAAAGUAGUGUUGAGUUUCUAUGUGUAGAAUUUGGUUUAAGCAUUUUCCAGUUCCAGUAUGUACUGAAGGAGAUAAAUAUGAUAUAAAAAAUGUCUAAA